AUGCUGAAGUUCGUAUCAGUCGCUUGUGCAGUCUUAGCCGUUUCUGAGGCCUUCCUCUUCGGUUCAGGCGGUGGUGGUGGUGGCUGUGGAUGUGCUCCUCCACCACCUCCAGCAUGUAGCUGUGCCCCACCGCCACCUCCUCCCGUUCCAUGCGGGCCAGCUCCCGCUCCUGCAUGCGGAGGAGGUCCAGUUGGCGGCGGUUACGUUCAGGCUCCCGCGAUCGGUGGACCAGUUGGCGGUUUCGGAGGUGCCGGAGGAUACGGCGGACCCGGAGCUGGAGGAUUCGGCGGACCCGGAGCUGGAGGAUACGGAGGAGCUGGAGGAGCUGGUGGCAGCUAUGCAUCCGCCGGAGGACUCGGCGGAGGUUUCGGUCCAGGUGGUGGAGCCGGAUAUGGUGGACCUGGACUUGGAGGCCUCGGAGGAGGAGCUGGUGGAGCCGGAUAUGCCGCUCCUGGACUUGGAGGAGGAUUUGGUGGACCUGGACUCGGAGGCCUCGGAGGAGGAGCUGGUGGAGCCGGAUAUGCCUGCACCCGGACUCGGAGGAGGAAUUGGUGGAGCUGGACUCGGCGGUCUCGGAGGAGGAGCUGGUGGAGCCGGAUAUGCUGGACCCGGAGUUGGAGGAGGAGCUGGUGGUGCCGGAUAUGCUGGACCCGGAGCCGGAGGAGGAGCUGGUGGCGCCGGAUAUGCUGGACCCGGAGUGGAGGAGGAGCUGGUGGUGCCGGAUAUGCUGGACCCGGAGCUGGAGGAGGAGCUGGUGGCGCCGGAUAUGCUGGACCCGGAGCCGGAGGAGGACCUGUUGGAGGCGGAGGAGCUGGAGCAGGAUACGCCGAAGGAGCAGGAUCUGCCGGUGGAGCUGGACAAGGAGGAUAUGCUGGUAACUAG